AAAAUACGUAUUUGACUCACUACACACUAAGCGAGCUCGCACUCCAGCUUGGCGUCCAGUGUGGUUCAGGCGCUCCGGUCCUUUCAUUCGGUUUCUUUUGUUUUUUGUGUGCGCGAAGACCCCCGACACUGAGCAGCCAUGGAUGCCAUCAAGAAGAAGAUGCAGAUGCUCAAGCUCGACAAGGAGAACGCCUUGGACAGAGCUGAGCAGGCCGAAUCAGACAAAAAGGCAUCUGAGGACAGGAGCAAACAGCUCGAGGAUGACCUGGUAGCACUACAAAAGAAGCUGAAGGGAACCGAGGAUGAGUUGGACAAAUACUCUGAAGCCCUGAAGGAUGCCCAGGAGAAAUUGGAGCUCGCUGAGAAGAAAGCCGCCGAUGCCGAGGCUGAUGUAGCUUCCCUGAACAGACGUAUCCAGCUGGUUGAGGAGGAGUUGGACCGUGCUCAGGAGCGUCUGGCCACAGCUCUGACCAAGCUGGAGGAGGCUGAGAAGGCUGCUGAUGAGAGCGAGAGAGGCAUGAAGGUCAUUGAGAACAGGGCAAUGAAGGAUGAGGAGAAGAUGGAGCUGCAGGAGAUCCAGCUCAAAGAGGCCAAACACAUUGCUGAGGAGGCUGACCGCAAAUACGAGGAGGUGGCCCGUAAGCUGGUGAUCAUUGAGAGUGACCUGGAACGUACAGAGGAGCGUGCUGAGCUGUCUGAGGGUAAAUGCUCUGAGCUGGAGGAGGAGCUGAAAACGGUGCAGAACAACCUGAAGUCUCUAGAGGCCCAGGCUGAGAAGUACUCACAGAAGGAAGACAAGUAUGAGGAGGAGAUCAAGGUCCUGACAGACAAGCUGAAGGAGGCUGAGACCCGUGCUGAGUUUGCUGAGAGAUCGGUCGCCAAGCUUGAGAAGACCAUUGAUGACCUGGAGGACCAUCUAUACAAGCAGCUUGAGAAAAACCGUCUUCUGGCUCAUGAACUGAGAGUAGCCUUGAACGAGGCAUAAACUGGAAUGGGCGCUCGUAUGCUUUAAUUUUUCUGAAGUUUGAAUGUCCACAAAUAUUGUAAAAGACAACUGUGUGACAGCUACACAAAACAAGCAAUGAUUUGAACAAAUGGGAGUACAAACUGAGGAUUCUUUCACAUUAUGCAUGCUUAAAGUGCAGUUUCAUGUGGGAGGACUGACAACCUCGGGCAGGAAAUGUUGUGACAUAGAUUUAAUAUACUUUCUCGGUUAUUGUCAGGGCUGUAGUACAUGAAACUGGUUUUAAUCUGCAUUUUGCUGGUGUUCAUGUGUCAAAGACUUGUGAUGGAUCUUGGGCCCCACAUCAGAGGAAAGCUUAAAAUGCUAUAAGAGGUCCCCCUCAAUGUGAGAUAAAGCAUUAUCUUCUCAUAUCCAAGUCAAAUUUCAACACCAAAACUACACAAAAAUCAUGAAUUAUAAACUGAACAUGUAUAAAAUGUUUAUUCAGAUGUACUGAGAUCAAAAUGGCUACAGUGCUAAUGCAGAGUUCACCUGUUGUGCCAGUGAUAGUUACAGUGUUCAAUCUGUAGCAAUGCAGUAACAAUUAUUUCUUCAACCUUUUGAUUGAGUUUCUAUAAUACCACAUCCAGUCAUGCCAAAAGACAGCCUUAGAUACUGACCACCUACUUCACUUACAGCUAAAUGGUAGCACAGGAACAGAAUAUGUCACUUGGCAUGUAGCAGCAAGGAUGCAGUGCUGGCCAUUGUUAAUAUUGAGCCUGUGCCUAUAGACGUGUGACCAUAUGAAUCACUCCGAAACCUGGCAACACUGUGUGUCUAGACUCCUGAGAUUCAUUUUGAGGUUAGAUUUUCUGAUUAACUUGAAACUGCUUUGAGAGAAUCCUAGGACUUGAUACUGUAAGCAUGGUUCAAAUCCACUUCUAAAUCAGAUGUGACCAAAAUAGAUUGCUUCGGACCAUUCUUUGAUCCUAGACGCAGCUUAUUCAGUCUUGGUUACAGCCUUGUCUAUAGCGUGAGUGUAACAUUUUCUUCAUGCUUUAAAGGUCCAGUGUGUAGGAUUCAGGCUAUCUGUUAGCAGAAACAGAUUAUAGUCCUAAUGUAUUUCAUUGGUACAUUUCUGCAUUGUGGUUUUCAUUAGAUUGAACCCUUGGAGCGCACCAAGUUGUGCCACCUUGUUUCAGCUGUAGCCAUUGGUGCACCAAUGGUUCUUCCACAAGCUAAGGUGUUAGCCAAGGGUAUUCAUUAUGGUUGCAGUCUGCAGUCUCAUCAAUAGAUGGCACAUAACCCUUCCCACUGGUCCUUUAAACAUGAACUAAAAAUGGGUUUGUGGAAGGGGCUCAGUAGCUGGGUUUACAUGGAGCCAAAUGUUACAAUUACAAAACUUAAAAGCCCAAACUGCAUGAAAUGAUCCAUACAAACACCUCAAUUGGAAAAAAAAGUCAUGUAAACGGUCAAUCAGAAUGAAGUCAGGAUCCUGUCUGUGAAUACUUUGUCUUGACAUGGAUGUGCAGUGCCACAGACCAGUUGCGUUUCCGCAACUGGUCUGUGGCGCUGUGGAGAGCUUGUUCUUAAUAACGACUCUGAAAGAACUAGACAUUAUCGCACACAUAAACGGCAGAAAAAAAUAGAAAUAUUGAACAUCCCAUCAAAAAUUAAUUGAAGCCGGGAUAGACUGAAGUGUGGAACCAAAUUCAGAACCACUGGAAAACCUUAAAGACCAACUACUGUAAUGCAAAACAACACAAUAGCAAAAGUGGAUAUGACCCUGCAAACUUUCCAAAUCAAGCUGUUGCUUUAAUACUAAAAGUGUAAAAACAAUAGCAACUACUGUGCUGAUUAGUCAUUAGUCUGAUGAAAACAUCAGUCAUGAUGUUUUCACUGAUUUGCGCAUGUUACACAUCUGUUAAACGGUCGUUCUGAUUUAAAGUAGUGGCACAUGUAAAUAUCAGAUCGGAGUAGAUUACCUCACAUGUAAACAGUUGACCUGAAACCUUAGAUCAGAAUGAAGUAAAAAAAAAAAAAGUCUCCAUGUAAACCCGGUUAGUAUUAAGGAUGUGAACUUAUUGAAUGAAUACUAACCAGUUACUGGGGGGGAAAUCUUCUAACGGUGUCCAGCAUAUGUUUGAAAACAUUAAACCGGACUAGAGCUUUGUCUGUUCUCUGUGUAUUUGCAGCCACUGUUUGU